AUGCCGUCUGGAGAGCGUAGUGCUGCGAGUCCGAAGCAUGGCUUGCAGUCGAUCCAACCUAGUGCCAGAGAGGAGGUUGAGCGGACAGCUCCUGUCCAUGAAACACGUGGAUCGCGACGACUUUCCAGAGCCAGGGAAGUUGUGCGCGAGGUUGUCGAAGAAGAGGAGGAAAACUUUCAAAAAUUCUGGGACAGGUUUCGCGGCAAGGGACGGGAGGUGAGCUGGAGCGAGAGCCUGCGCAACAUCGUGUUUUCGUCGUGGCUCAACAUCUUCUUCGUCAUUCUCCCGAUCGCUUGGGUUUCUCAUUGGGUACAAUGGCAUACCGGCUUGACGUUCGGACUAUGCUUCGUUGCUAUCCUUCCCAUGGCCAGGAUAUUUGACUACUGCGGCGAGCAGAUGGCGUUCUACCUUGGCUAUAGCCUUGGUGACCUGGUCGUCAUCACGCUCAAUAAUGCUGUGGAGGCGACUCUUUCCAUCAUAUUGCUUUUGAAAUGCCAGGUGAAACUGCUGCAAUCCACGAUCGCAGGUGUGGUGCUUCUCCACCUGCUCCUCAUACCUGGGACUGCGUUCCUUGUCGGAGGGGCGCGCAUCUGGGAGCAAGAACUGCACGAGCAUCCUACCCAGCUGAACCACUCACUUUUGACGAUCGGAGUCCUUGCCCUCCUUCUUCCAUCAGCCUUUUUCUCGUCGAUUGGCACGGGCUUACCGUCAGGAAUUACUACUGGUCUCCGACAUGACCUCGGACAAAUUUCUCGAGGUUUGGCUCUCAUACUGCUGAUUGUAUACAUCGCGUCCCGCAUUUAUUUGCAUCAUCCACCGGGUGCAGAGGGUCAACAUGUGGACGCACACCUGCCCCAUGCAUUAAGGAUCAAGGAACGCGAACUCGCUAGGCAGCGCCCGGAGGUGAACGUUUGGUCCUGUAUUGCGCUGUCCCUCGUCGUCAUCGUGCUGAUGGCUGUUACCGCUUGGAUGUUAGUCGAGAGUAUCGAAUUCGUGCAGGAGCGUAGCAACAUACAAGACGAGUGGUUUGGCCUCGUUUUCCUCCCGAUCGUAUCUUUCUCUGCGGACGGCGUAGUCGCAAUCGUGCUGUUCUUGCGCGUGCUGUUCCGGGCCUACCACGGCAAAGACAAAGAUUCCUAUAUAACGACGCUGGCGAGAGGCCGAACGAUCGAUCUCAGCAUACAGUUCACGCUGUUCUGGAUGCCGUUCUUCGUCUUGCUCGGAUGGUGGACCGACCGGCCGUUGAGCCUGCUGUUUGAUAUGUUCGAGGUUGCGCUAUUGCUCGGCGCGUGCUUCCUGGUGAACUAUGUCACUGCCGACGCGAAGACGAAUUGGGCCGAAGGUUGUAUCAUGGUCGGUUUCUAUGUGAUGAUCGCGCUGUGUUCCUGGUUUUACCCCGGCAACAUGGUGAUCGAGGAAAUGGUCCAGUGUCAGAAGAAUAUCCUUUGA